UUGCUCAUUCCUCCUCGCCAUUCAUUUGCCCAAUGACUCGCCGCCUUCGAGCUUCACCCGAUCCAUACUCCCAGGACGGCGAAGGUGGCAUGACCGACAGCGAGAAACGUGCGGGACCCGAGAAGAUUGCCAGGAGUGGUGUGCGCGCAGUUAGUGAGGAUCCUUGGAUUUCCGCGGCCGAGGAGGGCCCAAGGCACAUCCUGUCGCCCGACGCGGCGCCGCUCAUGCGUUCUCACUCAUCACCAUGGCCGUGGUCUGAGUCAUCGCCUUGGUCGUGGUCGCAAUAUAUCGUCCCUCGCCGUCAGGGUAUCAAGCGUCGCCUGUCAAGCCCGGCGAUCCUUGUCCACGACCCCGACAAGCCCAAACUCAACGCGAAUGACCUCCGGUUUCUCCAGGACCUUCUAAAGACUCUCCAGUCACUGAGAAGGGACCUCAAGAAUCCCGAUUCUGAUGGCGACCUGUCCGAUCCAGGUAGCGACUGGACGCCGACACCCCCGGAUAGCCCCGAUCCCAAUGCCGAGAAGCCUUCGUUUCGCUGCAGGGUUCAAGUUCGAGCUCUCAGGUCGCUGAUGUACGAUGAGUGGGAGACGGCGCGUGAAAGCCUCGACGAUAUGCUGUCCCAGGGGGAAAUCAGCAUUGCGGAGUAUGCGUGGUGGUACAAUCGGUUGGAGUUUGAGGCGCAUACUGUGAGCUACAUGUACGGUGCCUAGUGUUUGGCGUGCAUAGUCUGUGGCGUGUAGAUGCAUAUGUAGAGAGAGAAAUA